AUGGCAUUUGCGGACGCUGCUGUGGUAUCUGACGAUGUUGGAAGAGAGAAGAAGAAGAGGUAUCGGACUACAUCGCUCCUCGCCGCAGCGCUGUCAUUCGGCUUCCACGUCCUACUAGGCAUCUUCUGCAACUAUGUGCCGCUCGAUCACGUCGGCGCGGGGCUGGUGUUUUGGCUGUACUGCUGGGCAACGGUGGUGCUGACGUAUUUUGGAAUCAUCGGUGUUGUAGCAGAACGCUACGCCCUCAUCCGCACCUUCGCAUGCUUCCUACUCGUCGACUCGGCCAUUCUGUCUGCCUGUCGCUUCGCCAUUCUGGAGUAUCUCACGCGACGGUUCCAGCGGGAAACAUGCAUCGACACAAGCAAGCUGCGUCUGGGCGAGCUUCGCGUAGGCGACGGAAAUCCGGACACGAGAGAUAGGCUCGUGAAUGUGCCUGAGUCGGGAUCUGCGGCUCGGGGGUGGUUAGACGCGAUCGAUUCUCGCAACUGUCGACUGACGUUGGUCUGGUCGCAUGCAAUUUGUGCGGUUGUGUUGAUUGCGGUCAUGGCGGCGGAGAUCCGACUGGCGGUUUCGGUGUACAAGCAUGGGAUACUGGUACGGCGGCAUGCUGGGAAAGAAUCGGAAGGGGAAACGAAGAUAUGCGCUGAAUGA